GAUGCAGUUGAACGACAAGGCGGGUGUUGCAGAAGAACCUAAUUUCCCUUUGGCUUUUAGAGUUGAAAAUGGCCGUUGUUCAAAUAUCGCCACCCGCGAGACACAUUUCCGGUGCUCGGGAACAAGGAAAGCUCCUGUUCUAAAAGUUAGGACCAAGUCAUAACUCUUUCACACUGCUCGGCAGGUCUUCAGUACAAAUGGGACGCGAUGAACAUAUUGGGUCCGCCACCUUGCCACCGAGAAGAAAAGGUUUGCCCACGAAAGCAUGCGAGGACGGAGAUGGGAAUGAAUAUGGCGGAGGGGACGGAAGUGGUCCGCUGGUGGAGGAUAGGGAGCUCGAAAGCGGCCGCGUACAUUCAGACAAAUCGCCGCCGAAUGAACGGAAGUCGGACCAGGCGGCUGCGGCACACCAUCCUUUGUUAUUGGGAACUUUGCGCACCCUCACGGGGCUGAUUACCCUCGCAAUACCGAUCUCCCUGGCAGCUAUCGGUUGCACCGCAACAUGGCCACCUUUCGAGCAAUUCUUCGUGCAACGCCUCGGCUGUCCGAAUGACGAUUGCAAGCUGCCGUAUGGGGGAGGCUCGGCCGAAGUGAAGAAGCUUGCCGUGUACGGAUUCUUUGGAUGGUUCUUCAUCAUAGUCCUCUGCUGUAACUCAUGGGAUAAUCCGAUCUUGAAGGGGCGUGGCCCAACAAAAGACGAACUGGAAGCCGAUCAGGGCGUCAACCUCAGUGGAUGGAUGCUGAGCAAUGCGCCACAGCAGAGUCGCUCCCUCACUCCGAGAUUCGUAGUAUAUGUAUUUGCCAGGUUCUGCUGGGCGCUCUUCGACGUCAUUCCCGUCUACUAUGCUCCCACGGCGAACGCAAGCAUUGGUCUGAUCAUUGCGACAAAUGCCUUCUUCAUCUUUUGGAUUGGUUCCACGUUCCUAUGGGGCCAGCAUUCCCUGAAAGUCAGAUUGAGAUUAGCGCUCAACGGAACGGGAAACAUGCUGGUGGGCUAUCUUUUGUUCUAUCUCGGCUUCUAUAUCACCCGAAACACGGGCCGGUUGCUAUUGGUGGCUUCGGUGCUUACAGGGCUCGUCUACCCCGUCGCGAAACUUGUCGGUCUUACGUAUGUCGUGGAGUCGGCGAAGAUAGCAUAUAGCUGGAAAUUGGAGGACGUGCUCGGGGGUGGGGCAUCACAUCUCCUCGGGUUCGCUUGCAAUUUUAAUGCGGGGUACGGUGUUCCCUCCAAAGUAAGGAUUGUCACAUUUGCCACCGAACUAGAGUUCUGGACGGCAAUGGUGUUGACGAUAUUUUCAGAGGUUGGACUCCGGCUGGGAAUGGUAUACAUGAACGCUUGUUUCAGAGCUACGGGAGACGAGCAGCCGCAGCAGUUGGAGCCGCUGCAGAGCCCGGUGAUGAGCGAUGCUGACCAAGGAGAGAGUGCAGAAACGCAAGGAAGGGAUAGAACAGACGCGGGCAAUGGGUCCAAGGAGUUUCCUUCAAAACAGCUCCGGUCUACCCUGGGGAAGGGACAACGGAAUGGGCCUCCGAAACGGACUACCGAAUUCAGGCAAGAGCAACAAGUAUACAAAUCCGGGUUAUUGACGGAAGCUUUGGCGCCGGAUGGCCAUCAAAGUCCCACAACGGCUAUUGCCGGCGCAUUUGAGGGGCCAUCAGCUGUCAUUCCCGCAUUCCCGCCACCACCAUCCCAAAGCUCACCGAAACCAAAACCAUCCCCGACGCCACCACAUUCACCAAAACGACCGACGUUGUCGCCUUCACAUCGUUCCGUCAAACGUGGUCUUCUGUGCCGCCUAGACGAGCACAUGCGUUACCAUAUCGUACAACGCAUCAAAAACCCCGAGUUCCGGAGCCCGAUGUGGUUCUCGUUGCACCUAGGCGCCCUCGCUCUGGGCGAAUACAUUUCGCUCGGUCUCACGUUUGGGCUGAUCUACUUUCACGGCGACUCUGUUGGCCUUUUCCUCGUCGACAAACGCCUGCCAUCCUCACAAGACUCGAUAUCUCCAUCAACAUCCAUAGAGGGUUCAUCGUUCAAGACGUCGUGGCAAGUACGGAUGGUCAUUUACUUCGUCCUGGAGCUCCUCAUGGACGCGGGGUUGAUUGUGCUGCAGCGCAAACAAGGCAUAUUGUGGGAACACCUACCCCCGUUCAACGCGAUCGCGUAUGUGUCGGGGUGGGCGUUUAUGGGAUGUACGAUGUGUGCGUUCUUGACUGUGUAUAAAGGAUUAUUGGAGACGUAA